GCGGUGCCGCCCCCCGCGUCAGCCCUGCGCGGCGGGGCGGGGAAGGGAGAGGAGGGAAGGGAAGGAGAGGGAGGGGACGGCAGCCUCGGCGCUGCCGCGGCGGGAGAGACACCGGCGGCGGCUCCCGGGAACAAAGCGGGGCCCCUGGGGCCGGCUGCGGCGCCCCACGAGCACGGCCAGGAGAGGAAUGGAUGUAACAUGAUAGCCUUGGAGCGCUCAAAACACCCAAAUUCUGCGAAGAUUUGUUUUUUCGGUUAAGUGAUACAAAGAAAAUGGAUGAAUCAGCUCUACUGGAUCUGCUGGAGUGCCCUGUGUGCCUAGAGCGCCUUGAUGCUUCUGCCAAAGUCCUGCCCUGCCAGCACACCUUCUGCAAGCGCUGUCUGCUGGGCAUCGUCAGCUCUCGAAACGAGCUUCGGUGCCCCGAGUGCAGGACUUUGGUGGACUGCGGCGUCGAUGAGCUCCCCAGUAAUAUUUUGCUUGUCAGACUACUGGACGGCAUCAAGCAGAGGCCUCGGAAACCUGGCACCGGCGGUGGGACAGGUGGCACAAACGCUUUAAGGGUCCCGAUUACCACUGUUGCUAAUUGUGGCUCGAAGGAGCUGCCGAGCUCACAAGUUGGACAGCAGCAAAGGGUGCAGGCGCGGAGUCCUCCUGUUCGGGCGCGUCCUCUGCAGCAGACAGAUGUUUAUCGCACACGCCGUGCCGUAGAAACCUGCUGUUGCAGCCUUUUCCUCAGAGCUCAGGGUGUACCUCAGUUACCGUGUGCCAAAGCAUUGUACAACUAUGAGGGAAAAGAACCUGGAGAUCUUAAGUUCAGUAAAGGAGACAUCAUCAUUUUGCGUCGACAGGUGGAUGAAAAUUGGUAUCAUGGAGAAGUCAAUGGCAUCCAUGGCUUUUUUCCUACCAACUUUGUUCAGAUUAUUAAACCUUUACCUCAACCUCCGCCUCAGUGCAAAGCACUUUAUGACUUUGAAGUAAAAGACAAGGAAGCAGAUAAAGACUGUUUACCAUUUGCAAAGGAUGAUGUUCUGACUGUAAUACGCCGAGUGGAUGAAAACUGGGCAGAAGGAAUGCUGGCUGACAAGAUAGGAAUAUUUCCGAUCUCGUAUGUUGAGUUUAACACAGCAGCCAAGCAGCUGAUAGAAUUGGAUAAGCCCUCAGGUUCUGCUGUAGACUCUGGAGAAGGUACCUCUGGGGCAGCCCACAACAAUUCAGUCCAAAAGCACACCGAUACAAAGAAAAACACCAAAAAACGGCACUCUUUUACCUCCCUCACGAUGUCCAACAAGUCUUCACAGUCUUCUCAGAAUCGCCACUCAAUGGAAAUCAGUCCUCCUGUCCUCAUCAGCUCCAGCAACCCAACUGCAGCAGCCCGCAUAAGUGAGCUGACAGGACUUUCUUGUAGUGCCCCUUCUCAGGUUCAUAUUGGUACUACAGGGCUAAUUGUGACUCCACCGCCUAGCAGCCCAGUCACAACAGGGCCUUCAUUUACCUUCCCAUCGGAAGUUACCUACCAAGCUGCUCUUAGUAAUAUGAAUCCCCCACUUCCACCACCACCUCUCUUGUCUGCUGCAAUCAUUGCAUCAGCUUCUUCUGGACCUCAGUCUGCAGGUGUAAUACAAAGGCCGACAUCAGGAUCAGCUGACCAAAUGACACAUUUACGACCACAAACUCGUCCAAGUGUAUAUAUUGCUAUAUACCCUUACACUCCUCGAAAGGAGGAUGAACUGGAACUGCGGAAGGGAGAAAUGUUCUUGGUAUUUGAACGCUGCCAAGAUGGCUGGUUCAAGGGAACUUCCAUGCACACAAGCAAGAUUGGUGUUUUUCCUGGCAAUUACGUGGCUCCAGUUACAAGGACAGUGACAAGUGCAUCACAAACAAAAGUUCCCAUGUCUACUGCGGGCCAAACAGGACGAGUGGUAACUAUGGUCAGCCCUUCCACUGCUAGUGGAACAUCUCAGAAGCUCCAGGGGAACGGUGUGGCAGUGAACUCCAGCACAGUACCCACAGCUGUGGUUUCUGCAGCACAUAUCCAAACUAGUCCACAAACCAAGGUCCUUAUGCACGUGACAGGACAAAUGACAGUCAACCAGGCUCGCAACGCAGUUAGAACAGUUGCUGCACACAAUCAAGAAAGACCUACGGCAGCAGUCACACCCAUACAAGCGCAGAGUCCAACAUGCCUUAUUCCUGCAGCUGUGAUCAUUCCCCACCACUCCGUUGCCUCCCAGCAGCUCCAGCCCCAGCUUCCAAAUACUGCUGCUUACGUCACAGCUGUGAAUGUGAACCGCUCAACCAUCCCUCUGGCAUGUGCAACAGCUUCUUUGAAUUCUCCCAGCGUUGCUGCUUCAUCUUUGGAGGGAGAUAUUAGUGGGAAAACUGUAAACACUCACCCUGGAGCUCCUGCAUCUCCAGAGAGUGCUUUAGCAGCUGGUGGAAGUGCUGCUGUCAGUAAAGCAGACAAGGAUGGCAAGAAAGAAAAAAAGGGGUUGCUGAAGCUGCUUUCUGGAGCAUCCACCAAACGCAAGCCCCGCUUGUCACCUCCGGCAUCACCAACUCUGGAGGCUGAGCAAGCAGCUGCAGAGUUAGCCCUGCAAGGUGCAGUUGGGCCAGAGCUUCCGGCAGCAGGUGGUCACAGCAAAGCUGGAUCCUGUCCCACCGACUGCGAGGUCUCUGGGCUGGUGCAGGAGGCGCAGCAUCGGAAGACAAGUUCCCUGGAUUCCGCUAUUCCGAUAGCGCCACCGCCUCGGCAGCCGUGCUCGUCCCUGGGUCCGGUCCUGAAUGAGUCCAGGCCUCUUGUCUGUGAAAGGUACAGAGUUGUGGUGUCCUAUCCUCCUCAGAGUGAAGCAGAACUUGAACUUAAGGAAGGUGACAUUGUUUUUGUACACAAAAAACGUGAGGAUGGCUGGUUCAAAGGCACUCUGCAACGAAAUGGAAAAACUGGCCUUUUCCCUGGCAGCUUUGUAGAGAACAUUUGAGAAGAUUCAUUCCAAGAGCUUCAAAUCAUACCAUACUGCAAAGUAGCACAAGUAUUUUACCAGAAAAAGCACAGUCAUGAAAUAUUUUCAAAUGACUGUAAUGUAAACAAAAAUAUUACAUAUUUUUACAGUGUCUAUAGCACAAUUACACCAGCGAGCAAAGAAGAUGAAGGCAUCUGCUGGUUUUAUCACUUCGGAUUCUUAAGUGUGAUGUGUGCCUUGUACUGUCUGAUUUAUUAUAUAGAGGAACUUUUUUCCCCCAAGUAUGUUACAUAAAUGAACAUUUGUUUACAAGGCUGUACCUAAUUUAUUCUUGUUUUUUUUUUAAACUUGAAUUUUGUGUAAUAGCUGAAAUUCUUGUGACUAUGAUUUUAACAAAUUAUUAAUUUAUGAAAGAAUAACUAAGGGGAAGCUGGAUUCUCUCCUUAUGAACAAGCAAUUAUAUCUGAUAAAGAGCCUCCAAUUUAUCCUCUGGACAUUUUUCCCCUGCCGUGUCUGACAGUGGAGUAAGUCUCUGUUUUACGAGUUAAUGUUGAGUGGUGGUGAUGUGGCGUCAAAUAGAAUUUGCCAGGUGGGGAAAAAAUGUGUAUUUAGUUCUUUGGAUGGAGAGAAAAAGUCAGUGGUGUUCCUGAGUCUAGUUCUACUCCUUCAUAAAUCACCCAAGCAAUGUUUCCAGGAGGCAAAGAUGUAUGUGAACAACUGAUUCAAAUUCAACAAUUUCAAGGUUAGAAUCAUCUCAAGGUUAGGAAGGAAGAAAUUUAGAAGUGUCGGUACGAAAUUCCCUAUACCUUCUGUUUAUGUAAUAACUGGGCUAUUUGAACAAAGCUUAGCUUUGUAUAAUUUGGCCAGUCCUUCGAGCAUUUAGCCCUCAGGAUCCAACAAAAUUGGAAGGAAUGUUAAAGCCCAACACUUAGAACAAUGAUAACUUGAAAACACCUGUUUGAAAAGACUGAAUACAAAAAUAAAUUUAUAAGUUGUACUUAAUGUCUAAAAAUGCCUAAGAAGUGUAAUUUGCUGUUUUCUUCUCAAACUGAUCUGCAUGGCCAAGAGAUGUUUAAACAUGUCUGAGCAAUAGUGGUGGUAAGUGAUGCACUUGUGUUAAAGUAAAAGGCUGUAUGAAACACUGUGAAAACUUUACUAACUUCUUAACCAUUGCUACUUUGGUAUGUUCUGACCUUUUCUUUGUCUUGCAUGUGUUACUCAAUUCUUGCAGUAAUAUAGCUGUGCAUGAUUUGCAUUUUCCAUCCCAAUUACCUGUUGCUGGGUUAUUUUGCUCUGAAAGUUUCCCAAAAGCCACUUGACCAAAACUAGUGAGCAACUCACCUUCAACUAGAGAAGGUGUCCAGUGUUUGAAUCAUUAAUAAUAUAUUUUAAUGUCCUUGCAGCUGAUGGAUAUAAAGAAUGCAGCCUGCAAGAAAAGUGUGGUUAGUCUUUCAGGGUUUUGUUAAAGAUUUGACACUGGUGAACACACACGCUACUCAGCUGAACUUGCUUUUUUUAUUUUACUGUUUGAUUGUGAGUCACAAGUUCAGUUGUGACUUUUUGCAAGACACUGAGCACCAUCGUCUCCAGUUAAAUCUGAUGUAAUUUGGCUGUUACUCAGCACUUUACAAAGGGAAGCCAGUAGUGUGAUUCAGUGUCACACAGUAUACAGAAUAGUGAUGUGUUAAAUCCUUAUCAUUUUAUUUUUUGAAGUUAUACAUUGAAAAAUAUCAUAUUAGUGACAAGGAUUCCUUGCCAUAUCAGGUAGUUACCAUGAUGGUCUUAAAAAUAAGAAAAAGUAUAUCUAUAAGUAUAUGUAGUUGGACAUGACAUCAUUCCCAAAUUAACCGUCUCUCUGAAACACUGUAUAAUUCAGUUUUUGUGUUUUUAAAUAUUUUAAAUAGUUUACUUGAAUAUUCAUGUAAUAUAUAAAGGUUUUGUGAAAUGAAUUUUUAGUUAGAAAGAAGCUGAUAUCAGCUUUUGUCAGUAUAAAUUGGCACUAGUGUGUCAUAAUAUUCUUAUUUUGGAAAAUUUAUUGCAUUUUAUAUUAAAGACUACUAAAGGUUAAUUUUUUCUAUCUCUACUCUCCAUAUCUUAAACAAAGUGACUAAGGUACCUCUAUUAAUAGAAUUUCAUGGUGUAAAGUCAGUUAAAAAUCAGCUGUUAAAUCCAGUAGUUCUGUUAGAUGGAAUACAUUUUAAAUUUUUUUCAUAUUAAAUGUUUGUAAAAAGGGCUUAUUACAUAGCAGUGCAACAAUGACAAAAAUGCAGUUUAUCAUUCCUUUUUUGGUGAUCUUUUAGGGGUUAUUUUUUGGUUUUGGCUUGGGAUUAAUUCAGUGUAGAAACAGACAAACCCUGUGCAUUUGCUUUGUGUAAUUCCAUAAAAAUUUUGUAAGAUAUUUUAUAUCUAUGUUUGAAGUCCAGUGAAUGUUAAGUGUUUGAUUUACUAUGUUAAACUUCCAAUCCUAAUAAAUAUUUUCUUAGCAAACAGCUAAAUCAAAAUGUGUAUGCAAACAUUAAACAUAAAGUACUUGUAAAACAAACAAAAAAAAAAAACAGAAAUUAAUUUCAGAAUUUAUAGGAGGAUAUUUCUGCUGAUGGAGAAAGUCUUCAGAUUCCAUAAUGUUGGAAGUUUGGAAUGGUGAAUAUUAUGCAAAAACUGUAGAAAGAACUGAUGGAUCUGGCUGAUCUUUUCCCUUUGCUUAUUUCUGCAAGCAACUUCAGAACACGUAGGUAACUUCCAUCUCAAUCUGAUCAUGACUGACUAGUUUGCUCUAGGUCUUCUUAUAUCAGGCACACAGGAGUUAAAAAGUGCUUUCCCUAGAGGAAGUAUCUUGUGUAAUAGAUCUGCUGUGUGUGUACUGAGAGAGUUCCCAGCCCUGAGGUUUGAGCAUCUACUGAGGUAGAGGUGUUGGGUGGCAAGAGACUCCUUUGCCCUGAAGAAGUUUGCUGUGUGCACCAGACAGACAGUAAUGCCUAAGUAGGAGACCUCGAUUUGGAUGUGUUCACUCAUCUACUAUAUACGUGUGGCUGAUGGAAAAAUCAUAGAAAGUUAUUCCUGAUAGUAUUUGCAAAAAUGUUUAGAUGUUCUAAAUGUUGCAGCUGCUAUGGUAGGUUUCUUGUUAGUUAAGACUGACUUGGUCCUACAUCCUGCUAGCAGUGGGUGAUGCAGCUUCAAGUCCUCUCUGUAAAGAAGGGAUAUUUAGUCUAAGUUUCCUUAAUUUAAAAAAUAUGUUUAACAACAAAAAAAGCAACAUGAGUGGUAGAAAUGCAGAGUAGAAAUUAUUGAAAAACAGCUUUAUUUUUUUUUUCAGAAUUGUGAUCAGACAUCAGUGUAUCCGCAGGAGAAAAGUACACACAAAUGUUGUGGUAAGAAAUAAAACUAUUUCUUUGGAUUGGA